CAUUAAACUCAGACCGCGUUUCACGAUAAACUACUUAUCCUGAAACGCACAAGCUGCCCCAUACGGACCCCCAAAAUGCCGUACAUAAUUCUCCUUCAUAACAUCACUAUGAUUUUAAGCGCGUCAUACAGAUCCAAAUCUCCUAUAAAAAGCCAAAUUUCCAUCCCCAGCAAUCUCAGAACACAAUGGAUCGAAGAACAAGCAGAGCAGCCAUAGCCAUCAUCAUCAUCGCCAUAAGUCUCCUCUCCAUAGAAAACUCUCGUGGAGAAGAAGACUGCGUGGCUGCAAUAGUGAGCCUUGAGCCAUGCACAGACUAUAUUACAGGCAGCAGCCCAGCACCUACUGCUCAGUGCUGCUUGAAGUUUGCGACAGUGGUCAACACAGAGCCUGUUUGCUUGUGCAUGAUCGUUAAUGGCGGAGGUUCUCAGUUUGGGAUUAAAGUAAACCAGACCAGGGCUUUAGCUCUUCCAGAUGAAUGUAAAGUUCAGACUCCGCCGGUCAGUCGAUGCAACGCAACAGCCGUGCCAUCACCGUUCGUUUCUCCUCCUGGUGGAGGUGGAGGCAAUUCUAACGGCGGAGAUUCUGCGGGAAGCUUCUUGAAGCCUAUAUCACUUCCUAUUGUCUUUUCUAUUGCAGCAGUUGUGAUUGCCUGUCUUUCCAUGUCCUCUAAGUUCUUCUUAGCAUAAAUAAGCUCUCGGCUGUGUGCAAGCUUAAUGCAAUUUU